GCAGCCACAAGAGAAAUCGACUUAAUCUUUAGCCAAAGGCUUGGCUUACGGGAAUCCACCAUAAACAGGCGUGUAGUUUGUCAGACUAAUGUCCUUGUUGUUGUAAUAAUAAUACACGAGGAAAACAAAAAUGAUUUUCCUCUUUUCAUGGAUUCUGGACAGCAUUCCUAGUGAUUCCAAUCUAAUUGACUGCCUUUUUCAAGGAGUUAUAGCUGCAUGUGGAGUGUCAGUACUGUGCAGCCUGAUGAGAGUGUACUAUUUCACUCAAAUGUACAGCAGUAAUUCCGAAACAGAUAGCAAGGAGACGACUCAAUCAUCAAGUAACCCAUUGAGCGCGAAGUGGAGAUCAUCAAUCCAUUUCUGGGCUUUAACUGGCAUCCUGUCUGUGGUUGGCCCAAGGCUUUCUUCUUUGAUUGUUCUGGAAUUUUCUCUGCGAGUCGUCUCUGCUUGGGUGUCAGCACGAUUGGAUGCUGGUGGCAGGGAUCUAGGGGUUAUCCUCAUCCAAAGCCACUUUUCCCUGGGUUGCAGCAUCACCUGCUCCCUGUACUUUCUCCACCAGGGAGCCCCACAUAGCUCCCUUAGCUUAUUUCUGGCCGCUGCCCUCAGUUGGGCGCUGGCAAGCUGGUCCAACUCCCUAUGGAGACAUGUUGGACGACUCUACUCGCUGCACAGUAAAGAGCGCUACUGUGGAAGGUGCAUCACCCUCCUGUCUUCAGGCCACACCUUGCUGGCAUUUCUGCAGAGACUGGUUAUUUUGGUCUUUGCAGUGGCGGUUGUAGCCUCAUUCGCCACAGUUUAUGACCACUUCCUGUCCCAGAAAGAGGCGCUCAAGUUUUGGACUCCCCUUACUCUUUGUUACACAAUGCUGGUGGUCUAUAAUCAAGAGGAUCAGCAACGUCAAAUGGGCGCAGAAGCCCUAUUGCACACUGUUGUGCUGCGCCUGGGCGCUCUGCUGGUCCUGAUGCUGACCGUGGGAAACUGGUCUGAUGUAGUCCACGUCCUUUUCACUUUCCUGGGCGAGGGUGUCUGCCUCCUCUUCUCUCAAGACUUAUUACAUUUUGUGUUAAAGGAUGAAGAGGACCCCAAUAUGAACAAAUAUAUGCAAAGCUCAAGUUACAGAAAACGGGAGCAUACAAGUGGCUCAUCAUCAAAAAGCAGCUAAUACCUGAAGUUUACCUCUAAAGCAACUCAUGUUCAAUAUAAAAAUUAAAAGACUGUGAUCACACUAUUGAUAACCUCUGGUUCUAUUUUAUUUGAAUGGAAAAUGCCAAAUUCCCCAUCAACAACCAGAGGAUUUUAAUGGUAACCACACUGGAUCCCCUAGAUUUUGGGGACAAGAGUCUAAUGAUGUUCUGCUCUGAUUGUCAAAUGUCCACGCUGAUACCAUGUAAGUUGUAAAAUAUUGUGUAGUGAGGAAAUAAAAAAAACAAAGGAGGGGCAGUAUAAAUGAGCAAUGCUGGGAAAUAGUAAAAAGUCACUCUGGGGGCGUUCCAAAAGAUAGCAAUGGGAUACGACUUAG